CUGUCGCCCAGAUAGCGCCGAUCGCUGGCUCGAGCCUCACUUUUGCAAACAUCGAAAUAUGCGACGACUCUCGUUGUUGUUGUUGUUUUUAUUGUGCCGAAUCUAUUGAUUAUUUAUACGCGUGUACUGUAUAAUUACAAUACAUACACACUCGUUGGUGCGCUGUUUUGUUGCUGUUUCGUCGAAAAUUUUCACUACGAGUGCCAGAGGUGUGAAAAGCAUGCGGUCCUACGGAAUUAUGCUCGCGUGUCUCCUGCUCGCUGGGCGGACAAACGGUCACCCGGACAAGCUCUCGGCUAACCAAAUGGCACCAGUUCACGCGCGCAGCUCGGCCGGCCGGGCGUUGCCCUUGCCCUCCGGAGGAUCACCCCCGGCCAACGUGAACAGAUUACCAGGUGGUGGCGCGGCUCGGCCCAACGCGGGUCCCGCUGCCCCGGGACCACCCCAGGAGGAGGGCGUCCAGCGCGAGGAGAGCGUUUCCUUCAAGGAGGUCGACGGUGAGACGGUGCGCGUCGUCGAGGGCACCUACGGCUACCAGAGCCCCGAGGGUUUGCCUGUCUCGUUCAAGUACAUGGCCGACGAAAACGGCAACAAGGCUAGCUUCACGAUCGGUAAGGCGGCAGGAGCUGGCGGGGGUGGAGGUGCCGGUGGAGCAAAGCCGUCCCCGGGACGAGGGCCAGGAGGCGCUGGAGCUGGUGGGGGUGGUGUCAAAGGUGGCAAAGGUGGUGCCGACGGCGGAGAUCGGCAGUACCUACCCCCGAGCUGAGUGCCGAUUUUUUGUCGAUCAUGGAUCUCGUUCAGUUUAGAGUGUUUUAUGUUUCAGAUAUCUUUUUUUUUUCUCACUUUUACAAUAUGAAAAAAUUGUACAAAAAUCGUUUGGUCCGUUUAUUACAGUAUGCGUGGUAGUGAU